AUGGGAUCCACGUUAAGUUCUCCGAGCACCGAAGUGGGUGAAGCAAGGAAUGGAAAUGAGAACGGGGCUGGGGGUACGAACGAAAAUGCGAGAGUUCCUUUUUUUCAGAAACUAAUUUCAAUAAUUGUGCAAAUGCUAAUCAUGCACAUGGUUAUGUACUUUUUAUCAGGAGGGAAAAAUAAGAUGGCACCAAAAAAUGGAAAUAAUGUAGGAAGUCAAAAUUUAAUACUAAGUAAUAGUUUGGAAAAUGGGGAUAUAUUUGACAUAUAUGUAUUUUUAAGUGAUAACCAUUCAAUCGAUUUUGAUUAUAUUAAAAAGAGUAAAAUGAUACUAGUUAGAGAAAAAGAAUUGUAUACAUAUAAAAAGUUCAGUGCAUAUGACAAGACUGAUUUCAGUUUUUAUUUAAAUGAUUCAUGGAAAGGGGAAAAAUAUUUAAGUGUCGUUAUGAUACCUUUACAUUUUUAUAAACAUCGAAAUAGUCAAUCGUUACUGAGUAGCACUAUAAAGAAUGAAUUUAAAAAACAAAUUUUAAUUGAUAAUAUCCCACUGACAGUUAAAAUGAAACCGUACGAAUCGGAAGAAGAUGAAAAAUAUAAUUUGAUGGACGAAAGCUAUAAGAAUAAAAAAAAAAGAUUAAAAGAGAAAGAGAAAACGAAAGGAGAAAAGGGAGAAAAAGAAGAAUUUUAUCAUAUAAAAAAAAGAAUAGAUAUUAACAUUAUUUAUGACCAAUCAAAACACAGAAUUAAUGAAUUUAACGUACCACAUUUAAAGAGAUGGAGAAUCAAUGUACACAACAAUACAUAUACCCCUCCAUUAUUUCUAUCCGAUUUUUGGUUAAUAGAAAAUGAUUAUUACGUCUUGGAUCAAAAUUUUUUAAAAGAUAAAGACAAAAGGACGAGUUAUAUAUCGGUUUAUGAUCCAUACAGAAUAAAAAAGAGUGAAGAGGAAAUUCAUUCCUAUGUGAUAGAAAAAAAUGCAGAUGAAAAUAAAGUACUAAAUAUAGAAAUAAAUUAUUCUACUUGUAGUUUUAUGUAUUACAUGUUUAUAAAACAGUUGGAUACAUCGAUACAGAUGAUGGAUAGUGAUAACAAAACUUUUUCAUUUCAAAAUUUGACUAAUGCAACAGCUAGUAAAGAAAUAAAUAUGAUGAAAAAAAUUAUAAUGACUACAAAUAUAUAUAUGCUAAUUUUUUCAGCCUUAUUUAUCUUACUUCAUUCGAUAUUUUCCUUUUUUGCAUUCAAAAGUGAUAUGCAAUUUUGGUAUCAAAAUGAAUCCAUGGAAGGUUUAUCAGCUCUCAGUGUUAUAACGACAUUUGUAUGUGAUAUCAUAUUAGCAUUAUAUUUAUACGAUUCAGAAAAUACGUCAUGGUUGCUACUAUUCGAAAUGUUCGUAGGAGUUGCACUAUCUGCAUGGAAAGUUACAAAAGCUGUUCAUGUGUCAUUUAGUAAAUCAUAUCCAUAUAUUUUAUUGAAAGAUAAAAAAAAUUAUACAGAAUCCAUGACAAAGAAGUAUGAUAAAAUAGCUGUAAAAUAUGUUGGAAUUGUUCUAAUACCAUGUUUUAUUGGUUAUGCAAUUUAUUCUCUUUUUUAUUACAAAUACAAAUCUUGGUAUUCGUACAUAAUAUCAGUAUUAGCCGGAACUGUUUACACUUUCGGAUUUAUUAUGAUGACUCCACAACUUUAUAUAAAUUACAAAUUAAAAUCAGUUGAACAUCUACCAUGGAAGGCUCUCAUAUAUAAAUCAUUAAACACAUUUAUUGAUGACAUUGCCUUUUUCUUAAUUGACAUGCCUUGGAUGCAUAAACUUUCAUGUUUUCGUGACGAUAUCAUAUUUUUAUGUUACAUAUAUCAGAGGUGUAUAUACAAAGUGGACAAAAAUAGACACCAGAAAUUAGCACAGGAACAAAGUCAAGUAGCAACUCAGAAUCAAGCAAAGGACAAGAAAAAUGAUUAG